UUUUAUGUUAAAAUACUUUCUUCUGACUUAGUUUCAUGUGAAGAGUGAUGUAAGCCAUUUGUAGGUUGACUUCCUCCAAGAGUUUAAACACUGAAGUUCUGUUUGUUUGAAUGGUCCAACAUUAUCAGUCAACUUCUGGCUCAAGCAGAGACGUGAAUCUGGGGCAGCAUUAUCUGUAUAGGAUGUAUCAGACAUGCUGUCCGACCUACGAAAGCACCUCCUUACGCAUGUUUAAACUGGGCAGAACUGAAGCCAUUCGAUCCACCACCACAGAAUCGCUCCAGUUCACAAAAGCCAUGGAUGAUCCAUCAAAACACAAUAGUGAGAAAGCAGCACUGCUCGAAAAGGCCAUCAAAGUCCACAGAAAGCACACACACAUGGCCAUCCAUGGGCAGGGUAUAGAGAGGCACAUGCUGGGUCUAAAGAUGAUAGCUAUUGAGGACCUGACGUCUUUACCUGAGAUCUUCAUGGACACGUCGUUCGCUGUGGCUUCACAUUUUAAUCUGUACACAAGUCAGGUUGGAUCAAAGACAGACUGUGUUAUGUGUUUGGGACCCAUGGUUCCUGAUGGUUACGGUAUCUGCUACAACCCCAUGGAUGACCAUAUCAACUUCGCUGUGACCGCCUUCAAUAGCUGCGAGGAAACAAACGCCACGAAACUGUCACAGUUUCUAGAGGACUCGCUUCUGGACAUGAAGACUCUUCUGGAGCAGGUGUCUAAGACCCAGUGAAUGACGAAGCCCUGAAACUCACAGAAGCCCUGAAACCCUUUCAGGAGGCUUUUUACUACUUUCAGUGUCAUUAACCUGACAUUGGCUCAUAUUGGUUUUCCAUAUCUUUAAGGUCACAUGUUUGAUUUUUUUCAUUAUGCAGAGACUAUAAGUAACUACAACACCAUUCUUAGGGUGAUUUCCUUGAAAAGUAUAAACAUUGUUACUAUGUGGGGCUUUUAAACAUUAUUUGUUUGUUUGAGCAACCUGACCAGUCUGACACAGCGAUGUUGACUCAGAAGUGUGGGUUUGGGGCUGUUUGUCUAAACACUAGAAGUCAGGAAACCGGUUUGAAAACAGUCAUUAUUUUCACAGGGUAUAUAGUGGCAUAGAAAUUACACACUUCACCUUCCAGGGAAGUGACUAUGGACUUAGAGGCUACUACAGACAUAAACAGGGACAGCCAGAAACACAAACUCCUUCUGUUUUAUUUCAGUUUCAACUGUAGAAAUUGUAGGCGUGAGAAAGCUCUUGAUAUUAUCCAGUGCCAUAUGUUAAACCCAAAGUAUACUUCAGUUUUUUACGUAUGCGCUAGGGUACGUGUACAGUUGGUGUGACAUCGAUUUUGGCUUCAGUACAUAUCGCUCAUACUGUACAAGUGCAAUCUUUUUUUUAUUUUUUUGACAGAACAAAAAAUCCACAUAUAAACACAUUACAUACAGACACCGACAUUAUCAUUUUAUGUUAUAUUUAUGUUUGUAUUAUUGAUUUACUGUGUUUUUAACUUGUUUGUGUUGUUGCAUUGUGGGACGAGAAACUAGAGGAAAACCAUUUCACUAUAUUGCAUCACAUUUAUAUGUACAGUAUGUGACAAAUAAAGAAUCCUAACUAACUCAAAAAUGACAAGU